CCUCUGGGUGAUGAUCCCUGUGCUGCCCCUCAGGGCACAACCUCGGCGUGCUAUUGUUGUAGGCGAAGCUACGUCCAAGGUGCAUGCCUUGCAAAAGAUGCAAUCUCACAAUCUACAGUUUAGAUGACAGAUCAAAGCAUUUUUCUACUACACCUCAACUAACUCUUUGAGGGAACAAGUCAGUCCCCAGCUCGACAAGCAAUCACAUACACACACACACACACACCCACAUGUCUUAUGCGUACUACGACCGGCUGAUAGCCGCCUUCGCAGCCGACAAUGGCACUCUCCAGCGGUCGAGCUUGACGCACUCGACCAUCGGCAUGGUCCAGUACUUUUACUACAUCUACCUCACCCACGCGGACGGCAUAGGCCCGCUGCCGCUCUGGAUGCACCUUUUCUACCUGGCCCACGACACCAUCUGGGCCUACAUCAUGUUCCAGGAGGCGCCCAGGUACGACUACCACCCCUACUUUACCUCGAUGGCAAAGGGCCUCGUGGUGUGGAGCAUCCUGGAGGUGUACUGCAUCUACCGCGCCAUCGUCUACGAGAAGGAGGGGCUUUUUGGCCAGGAUGCUGCGGUCGACCACAAGGGUGAAGACGGCGACGGCAACGACGACGACAACAACGGCAAGACCAAAAACAAGACCCGGAACGGCAAGAAGCCCACCGUGGCCAUGGCGCUCAUGCACAGCUUCAUCGUCUUCUUCACCUUCUUCUGCCUCGUGCUCACCAUCAUCUACAUGGUCGGCCGCGAAUCCUUCCCGCACUGGACGCUGCUGACCAAGAUCCUGGCCUGCACCGGCGCCGGCGGCACGUGGCUGCAGCGGGGCACCCGCAGGGGCACGAGGAUGAGCCUGGCGCUGCUGUCGGUGGUCGACGCCAUCACGUGCUUCUGGCCCUAUUCGAGAUGGGUGCUGGUCUGGCCCGAGGUCUUUGACAACCCGGCCUACUACCUCACGGGCGUCUGCUGUACGCUCUCGUCUGUGUUUAACGUGUACGUUUUGACGCGGUUGCCAAAGGCUUGAGUGUUGGGGGAUGGUUGGAUUUUGAUAGGAAAGGGAGUAGUCUAGGGAAUAGUUUGAUCAAUAAAGGACUCC